UCCCCGUGGCUCUUAUAAAUGACAUCAAAUUGGUUAUCCCUUCCACAUUCUUCUCCUUGAAAAAGAAGCCGUGACUGCAAUUUUAGCCGUAAUGUCGGGACGCGGAAAGCAAGGAGGCAAGGCCCGCGCCAAGGCCAAGUCGCGCUCGUCCCGCGCUGGCCUGCAGUUCCCGGUGGGGCGAGUGCACCGCCUGCUGCGCAAAGGCAACUACGCGGAGCGGGUGGGGGCCGGCGCCCCGGUGUACCUGGCAGCGGUCCUGGAGUACCUGACCGCGGAGAUCCUGGAGCUGGCGGGCAACGCGGCUCGGGACAACAAGAAGACGCGCAUCAUCCCUCGCCAUCUGCAGCUAGCUGUGAGGAAUGACGAAGAGCUCAACAAGUUACUCGGGGGUGUCACCAUUGCCCAGGGCGGCGUCUUGCCCAAUAUCCAGGCUGUCCUGUUGCCCAAGAAAACGGAGAGUCACAAGCCUGGCAAGAACAAGUAAUUAAGAGGCUUGACACCAUACCCACUCACCCCAAAGGCUCUUUUAAGAG